AUGUCCUUGAUGUCUCGAUCUUCACUCACAUGGCGGCCACAGGCGAGUCUGCAGAUGCCUAUGGUUGGCAGCGCAGUGAAUGGCGGACAUCGAGAGAGUGCAGUACUGGGGCCGCAGACACAUCGUUUGCCGUGGCAGGUGAUGUGGGGUGUCACAAUGCUCACAGCCCUGGUGGUGGCAUUGAUGAACUUCGGCAUGAUCUUGGCUAUCCAAUGGUUGGUGAGAUUCAAGUUCCACACCAUGCAGUCUGCUAUACAGCAAGCAGGUGUGCUUCAUGGCAUUGUGGUUUUGAUGCUCCUGUCUACGAUCUAUGCUCUUGUAGGAGUUUGCCUCAUACAGUUUUUGGCUCCGAGCUGCGGUGGCUCGGGCAUCCCUGAGAACAAAGCCUUUCUCAACGGGGCCCAAAUGCCAAAUCUCUACAGUCAACGAACUUUAUCCGUCCGUGCGUGCACCAAUGUCCUGGCCAAUGCUGCCGGCUUCCCAGUGGGUCGAGAAGGCCCAAUGGUUACCAUUGGCAGCAAUCUCGCCUUUCUUUUUUGUGAGCGCUUUGUGCAGCCGUUCGUGAGGGAAUGGGUCAGUGUCUCUGGUAGCAAUGCUGCUCCAGCUGUAUUGGUGGACGAACAGCGACUUGCCCAUGCGACUCGCAUCUCUUGUACCGUGGGAGGUGCUUGUGCCAUUGCGGUCAUCUUCAAUGCCCCCUUUGGGGGCCUGCUGUACAUGUUCGAGGAGGUGACAUCCUUGGCGUGGCAUGUUGAGCUCACCUUCCGCGUUUUCGUUGCCACGAUGUUUUGCUCUUUGCUAUGCUAUGGCUUAUGCUAUUUGCUUGGCUCAGACAUCACGGAGUUCGUGAUCUACGCAGAAACGCCGCAGAACAAAAAGUGGAAUUGGGGUGACGUCCCGAUCUUCGCAGCCUUGGCGGCAAUGGUUGGUGUGCUGACCUCCUUGCACACCAGGGCCAUGUUGCUCUUUGCUUCCCUGAGGCAAUCUUCACGAUCACGGUGGGAGCACUUGCAGCCUUGGGCCGUCAUCCUGGAGACAGCAAUCUAUGCUUCCCUUUGCGCCUUCACAUCCUCGAUGGUUUCACUACUGGCAGCCUGCACUGAGGAGGGCCAGUCCGGCUUGGAGUAUGUGGCCUUUAAUUGUGCAGAGGGGCAGUACAACCCCAUCGCAUCGCUCUUGGUAGCCACAUCGCACAGCUCUGUCAAGUUGCUUUUCUCUGGGAAUAAUGCAGGGGAAAUCCAUGCAGCUUCCAGCUUCCUGGCAUUCCUUACCUACACUGGCCUCAACAUCGGCCUUGCCGGCUUGCCAGUGCCCGGCGGUGCCUUUACUGCCACAAUGCUGAUGGGCGGUUUGUUUGGACGCUCCGUGGGGGCUCUCUGCCAUGCACUGGGCCUCACUGAAAGCCUUUCAGGUGUGUACGCUGUUGUUGGCAGCGCUGCGAUGCUUUGCGGAUUCAAACAGAUGACGCUAGCCUCGGUCUUGAUAGUGGUGGAGUGUGUGAACGAUCUGAAUUUGGCUGCGAUCGUCAUGCUGGGCGUGGCUGUUUCCAUGGCAGUGAACUGGUCAAUGAACGAGCGAGGGCAUGACGAGGAGGUCAUCCAUCGCAAACAGCUGCCAUACUUGGAACCUGAACCUCCGCGAAGCUUCGAUGCUUUGGCAGCGCUGGAUUUAUGCACACCUUGCAGCGCUUUGCCACCAGAAGCACCCCUGCACCAGGUCUUGCAGGCGUUGGAAGAGGACUCUGAGUACUUUCCAGUGAAGGAGUCGGAUGGCCCAUGCCUGGGUAUUGCUACUCGUCAAGCUUUGCGUUCCUUGCUACCCGCAGUUGUACAGGCUGACCAUGUGUAUUUGGAUGUGGCCGACGUUGCUCUGGAAGCAGAUGUUCUUCCUAUCCAUCGUGUAAUGGAUCCAACUCCAUUCACGGUGGUGGAAGAUAUGCCAGCACCAAGGCUGUACAACCUUUUUGCAAAGGCAGGCGAACGUGCUGCUUGCAUCACCUCCAUUCGUGGCGACUUCCGUGGCCUCCUGUCACGAGAGCAGCUCAUUGCAGCAGCGCGGAGAGUUUGA